AUGGAUCAAUUAAUUGGAACUAUAGUAAAUGAAUAUCAAUUCAUAAAACUAAUAGGAACUGGAUCUAUGGCAGAGUAAAAAUCUAAAUUAAAUUAAAAGUGUCUAUCUAAUAUAGGAUAUGACUUCAUAAAUUUAUUAUGUGGCUAAAGUUUAUACUUGUAUUGGUAGUGAUAUUAGAUGUCAUAAUGAAGCUAUAAUCCUAGAAAAAUUGAGUCAUCCUAACAUUAUAAUUAUAAGAAGAAAUCAGCAACAAUUAAAAUUGAAGGUUUAUUUAUAUUUCUAUUUUUAGGGAGAUAAAGGAUAAAUGGAUUGUUUAAUUUUAGAAUAUUUGGAAAAAGGCGAUUUAUUUGAAUUUAUAGAUAAAAGUGGAUAAUUUGAAUAAAGUCUUUGUCGUUAUUACUUUAAGUAAUUAAUUUAGGUAGUUGAUUUUGUACAUGGAAAAGGAUUAGUUCAUAGGAAUUUAAAAUUAGAAUCAGUAUUAUUAGAUAGAAAAUUUAAUCUAAAAUUAUGCAAUUUCUCUUGUGCGUAAUAUUCCAAUAAAUAUAAGGAUGGUAAAUUGAAAACUAAAGUUGGAACUGAGAGUAUAAUUAAUAAUUGAAUUUGAAGAUUAUUAAGCACCAGAAGUUUUGUAUGGUGCUGUAUAUAAUGGAAUAAAAGCAGAUGUGUUUUCUUUGGGAGUGAUAUUGUUUAUUAUGUAUAAGGGUUAACCACCAUUUAUUAAAGCUAAUUAAUAAGAUGCAUUAUUUAAUUUGAUUAUUUAAGAGAACUAUAAAUAAUUUUGGGAAAUUCAUUCUUAGAAGAAUAUUGAAUUUCCAUUUGAUUUUAAGUAUUAAAUAAUUUAUAGAAAGGGAACUCUUUUUGGGAAUGAUAAAUCCAAAUCCAGAGAAGAGAUUUAAUAUAGAAGAAGUAAAGAAUUCUAAAUUUUACGGAGGGGUUACUUUGAAUAUUUAAGAUGUUUAUGAAGUGAUGUUAAAGAGAGAGAAAUUUAUACUUAAAGUAUGAUUAAUUAUAUAUAUAUAUAUAAUUUAAAUAUUAAAAUGGGUUGCACUUAGAUUACAAAUGUGACAAUAAAGAAUCCAAGAAUGAAGAAUUUUUUUGAUUAAUGUCAAUAUUAUGGGUUUAGUAGAUCACAAGUAAGAAAAUAAAAGAAUGUAAGGUGGUGAAAAUAACUGAAUAUGAAUUUCAAUAUUGUAGAGGAAGUAAGAGUUGGCUAUCAAAUUAUUCAAAAUCAAUUUUCAAUGAAUAGAAUCCAGUAUUGUUAUCUCCUUGUUUACCUGAUAAUUUUGAUAAUUUAAUUUCAGGCUUAAUGAAUUUCAAAUAAUUAUAUCCAGAGGAAUUUAAAGAUUUCCCAAAAAAUUUAGGGUAUUUAUAAAUGAUUAAAUCAUUUAAGGAUGUUAUUAAGUUUAGGAAAUUAAUUCCCAAUCUUUAAAGGAGAGAAGUUAGGUACUAAUCAAAUUACAAGUUUUUAAAUUCAGUAAAAUGUUGUAACAAUAUUUGUAUUUUGGAAAUUGGAGGAGGAAAUAAAGAUAGGAAGAAUGUCAUAAGUCAAAACAAGGAAUAUAAGUAAUCGUUUUAGAGAUGAUAAUGAAUCUUAAUGUUAUUUAGAAACUGCAUUUAUAAGAGCAAAGAAAUCAAUUAAGCGUCCACUUAAUUUGAUUGGGAUAUGUUUAGAUAAUUAGGAUAGAAAAUGUUUAUAUGAAUAAGUUAUAUCAUAAGAAGAUACUCACAUUUGGAUAAAUGAAAAUGAUUAAUCAGCUUAAGUAUUCAAAUUUGCAGAGGAUCCAAAUUAUUAAAUAAGAUAAUUGGAAUAAUCCAUUUAUAUAAUAAAUUCAAAAGGAGUUUUUGUAGGUUGUUUAAAGGAAAACUUUGGAGAUCAUUCAUUUAUUCAUGAAAUAAAUGAUAUAAUAGAUGGUGAAAUAAAAUAACAAGAUGAUAAUUAAGUGUUAAAUAUUAAAUAGAAAAUAAGAAAAGAUGAUUAUUAGAAAGUAAAGAAUUUAAUAGUGGAUGAAUUACCAAAUAAACAUAAAUUACCUAUUGGAGAUACAUUUAGUAUAUCUAUAAAAAAACAUACAUUCUUUAGAGAUUAUUCCAAAGUUGGAGCUACUUAUUUCAAUCCUAUUUUUAAAGCAGCUGGAUCUAAAAAAUAUUAAUAAAAUUGUGAUGAUUUAAUAUAAUUUGUUAAGGAAUUUACUCCAAUUGCUCAUAUGGAAACAGAUUUCAAAUAACAUCAUUCUGUAAAUAAAAAGUAAUUUUUUGAAAAGUUGAGUAGAAAAUUAAUGUAUUACUGAUAUUUAUAUAGAAAUAUAGGAUAUGAUGAUAUUAGAUUCAUCUUAGAGAAGAAUAUUGAAAUAUCAUAUGAAGAGAGUUCAAAACGUUUAGAAAUGAAAAGAGAAAUUACUUCUAUGCAUAAUGCUCCUUAAUCUGUUAGUUGUGUUUAUUCAAGAAAAGAAGCAUUAUAGAAAUUGGGUAAAUCCAUAUUUGCUUAAUCUGACAAUUAUACUCAUAAGGAAUUAGAAUUAUUGAAAGAAUUCUUUGGUAAUCCAUAUUCUUUGAAGUAUUAAUUUAAAUUUUAUUUAUUAUAGAACUUCUUUCAAUAUAGGUACUCUCUUUUCACCAAUUCCUAAUACAUAUAAAAUGCAACAUAAUGAUUUUUCUGGAAGCAGUUAAAUCAUGUAAUCAAUUAUUCGAACUACAAAUAAAGGAAUAUUUGAUAGUAAAUUAGUAUAAUCUAUGAAUCAAUCAAUUGAUGAUUAGAAUUAACAUUUUGGAAUAACAGAAUAAAUAAAAAGCAAUUAAAGUCAUAUUGAAUUAAGUGAAGGUUGGGAUGGUGAUAAUAAAGUAGAUUUAAAUUAUGAUUAAAUGCAUUCAAUCCAUUAAAUUAAUAAUGAAGUGCUUAUCAUAUUUUUGAUUGAUUAUACUCUAGAUAAACAUAUUGAACUUUUACAUUAGUUAUUAGAAUUUAUAAAGAGUAGAUAAUGGAAUAGCUCAAAUAUUAGAGUAAUAGGAUUAGAAAAAAAGAGAUCUGAAGAAUAAUUUUAAAAAUAAAUGAAUAGAUUAGAAUAAGAAAUGAAAAGAGGUAUUUUUGAAGCAUGGUUUCCACUUGAACAAUAAUUUCUUGGAAUUAAUUUUUAUAAAAUAUUAUCUGAUCUAUAUGGAUUAGAUUCUAUCUCUCCUAUUUUAGUUAUUGAUCAUUUAGGAAGAUUACUUUAUUAGGGUUAACCUGAUUAAAAAUUUGCUCCAUUAUUGACUAAAAUCAUUAAUUAAGAAUCUUUGAAAACUAGUAAAAAAUAUCAAUCAUUUUAUAAUAGUUCAUCCAGUAGACAGACCAUUAAAACAUAGAAUUGAUUUAGCUUAAUUUGGUAGAGAAUGGAGAAUAAUUAAAUAAUAUGGAAAUGAAAGUGUUUAUUUUAGUCCAACUGUACAAUAAACUUUAAAAUAUUUGGAGAAAAUGCCUUUAAGGAAAACUGAAUCAUGGAAACUUACAAUAACAUAAUUUUAAUUAUGGAAUGAAAAUGGAGAAUUUGUUAGGAAAUGUUAUGAAAAACCUAAAAUUAUAUAUAAAUUUGAAAGACCUGAAUUGGCAGUCAAAUUUUAUAAUAUCAUUGAAGAAAUAUAAAGAUUAGUGGGUAAGGAAAGAAUUGAAGUGAUUGAUUUGAAUGCUGAAAUACAUAAAGAAAGAAAUAAUUUAUAAGGAGAAUAAUUAAUUAAGUGA